CCAAGCUCCUGUACACCUCCCCCCGUGUCUCUGUCUCCUCUCUCCUCUCCUCGCUUGUCCAUCCGCCUGUCUCUCUCCUCUCUCUCCCUUCUUGUGUCUCCUUUCUCUCUUAUCUCUCUCACAGCACCCCCCUCCAACGAUGUCCUUCAGCUCCCGUUCCAUCGGCGGCUACGGUGGCAUGUCCACGCGUCUGGGCCGAGGGUCCGCAAGCGUCUACGAAGGCGGCGGCUCUUCUGGGGGCUACCGCAUCUCGCAAUCCUCGAUGGGUGGCGGAGGUGGCUAUGGUGGUGGCUAUGGUGGUGGUGGUGGCUAUGGAGGUGGCUGCGCCAUCAGCUCCUCCUUCCAGAGCUUCGGUGCCUUCGGAGGAGGUGGUGCAGGUGGCGGAGGGUUGAGCGGUGGGAAUGAGAAGGUCGAGAUGCAGGGACUCAACGAUCGCCUGGCUGAAUACAUCGAGAAGGUGCGAUUCCUGGAGAAUGCCAACCAGGAACUGGAGCUACGGAUCAAGGAGUUGCUGAAGGGAAAGGGUCCCGGCAACAAAGACUACAGCGCAUACUACACCACCAUGCAGGAGCUCAGGGAAAAGAUCCUGGCUCAGAUCAUGGAGAACGCCCGGGUCAGCCUGGAGAUUGACAACGCGCGACUGGCAGCCGACGACUUCCGCAGCAAGUGGGAGACGGAGCUGGCUCUGCGCAGCUCCGUGGAGGCGGACAUCAACAACCUGCGCGGGCUGCUGGACGAGUACAGCAUGGCGCGCAUGGGGCUCGAGGGGGAGAUCGAGAGCCUCCGCGAGGAGCUCAUCUUCAUGCGCAAGAACCACGAGGAGGAGCUGGCCGCCUUGCGGGCGCAGCUGGAAGGGUCAUCGAUGUCGGUGGAGGUGGACAGCGCCAAGGGCAAGGACCUGCACAAGAUCCUGGCCGAGAUCCGGGCUCAGUACGAGGGGAUGAUCGCCAAGAACCGCGUGGACCAGGAGGAGGCCUUCAACAAACAGGCCCAGUCGGUGCAGGUGGUGGCCGUGCAGCACUCACAGGCAUCGCAGGCUGCCAAGGUGGAGGUCACGGAGACACGGCGCGCCAUGCAGAGCCUCCAGGCUGAGCUCGAUUCUCUACGAGGCCUGAUCCGCUCGCUGGAGGACCAGCUCCAGGACACGGAGGAGCGCAACGCUCGCGACCUCUCCACCUACACGAUGCAGAUCCAGCGCCUGGAGGGUGAACUCUCGAACCUGCGCCACGGCAUCAACCAGCAGCUGAAGGAAUACGCGGAUCUCCUCAACAUGAAGAUGAAGCUCGAGGCGGAGAUCGCCACCUACAGGCGCCUGCUGGAGGGGGAGGAUAGCCGGAUGGGCAACAUCUCUGCCAACUCCACCUCCGGGUUGAUCACCGUGAGCGGUGGCGGCGGCGGCGGCGGUGGAGUCUCCGGCGGUGGUGGUGGCGGUGGUGGCAUGAGCAUGACCAUGACCAGCAGCAGCAGCAGCAGCGGCGGUGGUGGUGGUGGUGGCGGCAUCAGCAGCAGCGGUGGUGGAUCGGUGGUGAAGACCACGACCACCAAGGAGUCGUCCAGCUACUCCACCGGCUACCGCUCUUGAAUGCCAAAAGCUGCUCCUGUGCAGUUCGAGAGCUCGAGAGCGACGGCUGCUGCUGCCCGACUCGAAGAAGCCACGUGGCUCGAAUGGAAGCCCUGACGUCACAAAGGCCAUGGCGUCUCUCUCUCUCCUCUCGUGUCUCUCUCUCUCUCUCCCUGUGUCUCUCUCUCUCUCCCUGUGUCUCUCUCCCGCCGUGUCUCUCUCUCCCCCCGUGUCUGCUUCUCCCCAUGUCCCCCUUCAUCACCGUGUCCCCCUCCCCCCUCCCCCCCCGUGUCUCUCUCUCUCCCCGUGUCUCUCUCCUCGUGUCUCUCUCUCUCUCCCUGUGUUUCUCUUUCCCCCCGUGUCUCUCUCUCGCCCCCGGUGUCUCUCUCUCCCUAUGUCCCCCUUUAUCACCGUGUCCCCCUCCCCCUCCCCCCGUGUCUCCCUCAUGCCCCCUGUGUCUCACUUCCCAGUGUCUCCCCUCCCCGUGUCUCCC